UCUCUUCCGGUUACCUCUCCUCCGGUUCCUCUCUUCGUUUUACACCGUUCAUUCAGUCCCCUGCUAACUCGCACGGUUGAUACACCGAUUAAUCAAUUUUGUUAACUUCGACCGACACCCCGGGGAGAAUAUCCGUGCUAGUUAUUUACCGACCCGGUGUCCGGUACCGUAUCUCCAGCAUGGCUAACUACCACAAACCGGACGAGAAGACGCUGCAGGGCCUGAAAGACAUUGCUAACAAGUUACGGAUCAACUCGGUCAAAGCAACAUGCGCCUCCAACUCUGGUCAUCCCACCACAUGUUGCAGUGCAGCAGAGCUCAUGUCCGUGUUGUUCUUCCAUACGAUGCGUUACAAAGCCUCUGACCCACGCAACCAAUGUAACGACCGCUUCGUACUUUCCAAGGGUCAUGCUGCACCAAUCCUGUACGCUGCCUGGGCAGAGGCGGGCUUUGUGAAGGAGGCUGACCUGAUUAACCUUAGGAAGAUAGACUCUGACCUGGAGGGUCACCCCACACCUAAACUGGAGUUUGUUGACGUGGCAACGGGGUCUCUGGGACAGGGGCUGGGGGCCGCCUGCGGGAUGGCUUACACCGGGAAACACUUCGACAAGUCCAGUUACCGUCUGUACUGCAUGCUGGGUGACGGGGAGUGUUCCGAGGGGGCUGUCUGGGAGGCCAUGGCGUUUGGUUCCCACUACAACCUGGAUAACCUGGUUGCUAUUAUCGACGCUAACCGUCUGGGACAGAGUGAAGCUGCUCCUCUCAAACACGACAUGGACGUGUACCGCAAACGCUGCGAAGCGUUCGGGUGGAACACGUAUGUAGUGGAUGGUCAUGACGUUGAGGAGCUGUGUAAAGCGUUGUGGCAGGCCCAGCAGGUGAAGGGAAAACCCACUAUGAUCAUUGCCAAGACCUUCAAGGGUAGAGGACUCAAAGGCAUAGAGAACAUGGAUAACUGGCAUGGGAAGCCCAUGCCUAAGGACCGGGCCGAGGUGCUCAUUAAAGACUUGGAGGCUCAGAUUCAGAACCCCAACAAGACCAUCUGCCCCGAGCUACCCAACGAAGAUACCGCCCCCGCUGACCUUUCACCUAUCACCCUGCCUAGCCCUCCCAAUUACAAGAUAGGAGACAAGGUGGCUACUCGUAAGGCGUAUGGCGUGGCCCUGGCUAAACUGGGUCAGUCCAGUCAGAGAGUGGUGGCUCUGGACGCUGACAUGAAGAACUCUACCUUCUCUGAGAUGUUUCACAAGGCCUUCCCUGAACGCUUCGUGGAGUGCUUCAUCGCUGAACAAAAUAUGGUGAGCGUGGCGAUCGGCUGUGCCACACGGGACCGCACGGUGGCGUUCGCCAGCACCUUCGCUGCCUUCCUGUCCCGGGCUUACGACCAUAUCAGAAUGGCUGCCGUCUCCGAGUCUAACAUCAACCUGGCAGGGUCACACUGUGGAGUCUCUAUUGGUGAGGAUGGCCCCUCCCAGAUGGCAUUGGAAGACAUCGCCAUGUUCCGCGCUAUCCCAACAUGCACGCUGUUCUACCCCAGUGACGGCGUCUCCACCGAGAGGUCUGUGGAACUGGCUGCUAACACCAAGGGAAUCUGUUUCCUCCGCCUCACCAGACCAGAACUAAAGGUGAUCUACGACCCCGACGAGAAGUUCGAGGUGGGCGUGGCCAAGGUGGUGCGUCAGUCCGACAGCGACAAGGUGACGGUGAUUGGAGCUGGAGUGACUCUGCAUGAAGCCCUGACGGCCGCUGACCAGCUGGCCAGCGAGGGAGUGAACAUCCGUGUGAUUGACCCGUUCACCAUCAAGCCCCUGGAUGCCGCCACCAUCCUAUCGAGCGCCCGAGCCACCGGCGGGAGAAUCAUCACAGUAGAGGAUCACUACAGAGAGGGUGGUCUGGGGGAGGCGGUGCUGUCUGCGGUGGGGGAGGAGCCUGGUAUCAUGGUGACGCGCCUGGCGGUGAACCGUAUACCCCGGAGUGGAAAACCUCAGGAGCUCCUGGACCUGUACGGCAUCAGCGCCAAACACAUCGCUAACGCCGUGCGCCAGACCUUCGCUAACUGAAAACGGCUUAAUGGCCCUGGUUUAAAGUAGUGUACUAUAGAGGGUGACAUUUGGGAUAUACACAACUCUUCUCUCUGACCUGUCGUCUCCCCCUCCCUCUCUGACCUGUCGUCUCCCCCCCUCCCUCUCUGACCUGUCGUCUCCCCCCCUCCCUCUCUGACCUGUUGUCGUCACCCCUCCCUCUCUCUGCAGUCUGGGGUGAAAUGACACCUCUGUUCUGAACCUUUCUCCACCCUCCCUUCUCCUUAUUCUACCAUUUCUAUUGAAGAUGAAUUGUGUAUUUGUCAGAUUCCUUCGUACCCAUUAUUCUGUAUCGCUCUUCAUUCCAGCAUCUUUAUUUUCUCUUUCCAUUCCAACCACAUUCCAUGUAUUGUAAUUGUUCCAAACCACCUGUUUGCUCGUUCAGUCACAUCACUGACCUCUUCCUGUUUCUCCGUGGCACACCGCCAUCUUGGUUUCUCAUUGAGCCAGCAUGGUGUCCAACCACUUGCUUGUAAUGGCCUUUUAUUUUUCACUGAUGCAGGGAAUUCACAUUUUGACGGACCAGAGUUGUAAUGACUUACAAAAGAGCUGAAUUUAAACUGCUAUAUAAUAGUGUUCUCCUGACCUGUUGGUAUCUGACCUUGGUUUCUUCAUGUCUGUUAUUGCUGCUGUGUUAGCCAGGCCCUGUCAACUCAUGGUUGGUUUGCAUUGCCGUUGUUACGCUGAAAUAAAAACCUGACCCAA